AUGGACGAAAACUCAUCAUCAUCAAUAUCCCCACUACCCCAAGAAACCAAACCCACCGCCACCACCGCUACCACCACCACUCCCUUCACAACAACAACUAACCGCAACAAAUGCAAAGCCAAAGGUGGCCCUGACAACAACAAAUUUAGAUACCGCGGUGUGAGGCAACGAAGCUGGGGCAAGUGGGUUGCUGAGAUCCGAGAGCCUCGCAAGCGAACACGCAAGUGGCUUGGAACUUUCUCCACCGCCGAGGACGCCGCCAGAGCCUACGACCGCGCCGCCAUCAUCCUCUAUGGUUCUAGGGCUCAGCUCAACCUUCAACCCUCUCCUCCUCCUCCUCCUCCUUCCUCUUCUUCUUCAUCUUCUUCACAAUCUUCCUCUUCUCGUAACUCUUCCUCUUCUUCACAAACCCUUCGACCACUUCUUCCUCGUCCUUCUGGCUUCGGCUUCACCUUCUCCACCAGUUCUCAUGUACCGCUUGUCUUGAACUCCGCCACAUACGGUGUUUACCCUGGCGGCGUGUGUAAUAAUAUACCACCGGUGAUGUGCCCUAAUAAUAACAACAACAUGCUACAUCACAGUACUCACUAUCAUCAUCAUCCUCAACAAGUGGUGCAAGUGCAACAAAAGUAUCAAUCACCAGAAUCUGAUGGAAGUGUUGCUCAUACCGGAUCCAACAGAGAAAUCACCUCUUAUCAUCAUCAUCAUGAUAAUCUUGUAGAGAAUAAUAAUCAGUUGUUAAAUGAACACUACCAGAACCAGAAUUGCAUGUACGAAGAUAUGAACUCUUUGGUGGGAUCAGUAGGGUCAAGCUUGUCUUCUUCGUUAAUUUUAUCUGCACCGGAGGCUCAGUUAGGUGGUGCGGCGGCGGCAGGACUUGGAUCUCCGUCGUCUGUGUGGCCGUUAUCAGCUGAGGAGGAAUACCCUUCUAGUUUAUGGGAUUAUAAUGAUCCUUUCUUCUUUGAUUUUUAA